AUUUUGUCUUACUGUUAUAGGCGUAAAACAUACUAUGUCACCUAUACAUGUAGUAGAAUCGUUUCUCUACACUGAUUAUAGCGUAUUUGGAAAACCGCGCUCAUUUGUAAUACAUCAUUCACACAGCGCGCCCGGAGAGCGACACUACAGGUGGCUGCUGGGUCACAAAAUUCCACCUCACACCGUCCCUGCGCGGCCUAUAUAGGCGGAGUCAGGGUCCUGCUCGUUCCCACCUACCUGACUGCAGGAGCAGGUGGUUAGUGCAGCUAUGCCGCUAGCCUCCAAGCCUAUCCCGGAGCCUGAACAUGGUCCCAUACACACAGCCCUCCUGCGGACCUACUUACAGCUCCUGCACAGCCGGCCUGUACUCACUAAGGCGCUGACCAGCGCAAUUCUGUCUGCAUUGGGGAACCUUUUAUCUCAGAGAAUAGAAAGGAGGCAGCAAUGUAAAUCGUCAGUGAAGAAAGUAGACCUGGUUGCGCCCCUUCGAUUUGCUGCUUAUGGACUUUUCUUCACUGGGCCACUGUCUCACUACUUCUACUUGUUUCUGGAGCAGUGGGUCCCGUCCUCUGUGCCCCUGGCUGGACUACGUCGCCUCCUCCUUGACCGGUUAAUUAUUGCUCCUGCUUUCCUGCUUCUCUUCUUUAUUGUGAUGAAUUUUCUUGAAGGCAAAGACCUGAAGUCACUGAAUCGCACACUGAAGGAGAACUACUGGUCAGCACUAAAAAUGAACUGGAGGGUUUGGACGCCGUUUCAAUUUAUCAAUGUAAACUAUGUUCCAGUGCAGUUUCGGGUGUUAUUUGCAAACAUGGUAGCCUUCUUCUGGUAUACAUACUUGGCUUCGACAAGGAAAUGACAGACUCCUAAGUACCAGAAACAUUGUGAGGUUACGAGGACAGUAGAGAAACGCUAAUAAUUUGCCAAAACUGAAAUUUCACUGAAACAUUUCUAAGAAAGAUAAUUGUCGUCAGUAUGAUUUUAAGAAGGAGGCUGUGUACCAAAAGACACUAUUUCCUUGUUAGACACAGAAGGGCUUGCCAAGCAACAAAUAGUCUAAUUUAUGUGCAGGUAGCUCAAAAUGGUUAAAUUGAGGCUAUGUUCACACAAAGUAAUUUCGGUCCUACAUGUAGCAGUAAAAAAUUUGACAUUUAGAAGGAUUAAGAUUUUUUUAUAGAAGUAAUUUACACAUUUGUUUAACGUUCUGGCACCAGUUGAUUUGAAAAAAAUUGUUUCUCUGGCGCUCUUCAUUUGGGAACACCGAACUGAUGGGUAUAUGUUCUUUCCACUAGGAGGCGCUGACACCAAGAAAAAAAGUCGGCUCCUCCCUGGCAGGAUAUACCCACCAACCAAAAACAUAGUUUUCCACCGGAGUACCCCUUUAAGCUAUGAAGCUGAGCUGAGUAGCAGGAAUGCCUUCCCAGCCAAUGUUUGGCCAGUGAUUGGCUAAACAGGUAUUUCCUGCAUGUUCAGCCAUAAGCACUGCUCAAUGAAUACUGGGCCCAGUCAUUGCAGAUCAUGACAGUUGAAUAUAACUUGUUCAUACAUUUGGAAUCCGCUCUGCAGACAUUGCUAUCUAUGGGGAUGGCAAUGUCUGCGCGGUCCUAAGCUGACUGAUUUUAGUUUGCACUGCCCAAACUCAGAGAUUCUCAGUGUAAACCCGGCCCAACCAGUCGGGUGAUCAAGAGACAGUCCUGCUGGUUUACAUACCAUACCUAUUAAUAGAGUGAUAUAGAGUGCCAAAAGAUCCAGUUGUGAUAACCUUUUAACACAAAGCAAGACACCUUUUUCUAUGUGGUAAGGCAUUCCUCCUGUAACAUAUUUUUUAAUGAAUAAUACACAUUAAUUUUUUUCUUUUAAUAAAACCGUACCAUAAUACAAUGUGUUAAAGAUUAUUCCUAUUUAUUUAUGCUUUCUGUGUGGAUCUUGGCUUGAAAUACUGGAACGUUUAAUCCUGAAGCUUAAUAUACUUAUUGGAGAAUAAGUAGUAGCCCCAAACUACAGACAAGUCAUGCAUGUCCUAUGUUAUUGUAAGGAAUAGCUUACAUCACUAUUCAUCUGAACAACAGAGGCAUGUAGGCUUUGGGAUCAAGCCUGGUAUGUACAAUAGUCCAGUGUGUGGGUUUACUUAAUGCUCUAUAAGGGCCAGCAACCUGUUCUGAAAUUAUUUAUGUAGGUCUAAAAGUUGCGUACACUUUUAAAACCAUUUUUCGUGUGUGUGUUUUUUUUUAUUUUGUCAUGGUUAUUCACUGCC